GUUUUUAGUUUGUCAGUUUAUUGCUGCAGCAGUGAGUGUUGAGUUGUGAAAGUGUGUUCGUGUGUUGGCAUUAGCACGAUGAGCGAUUUAAAAAUAGCUGUUGUCGGUUCUGGUAUAAUAGGCCUGACGACCGGAAUUGAGUUAUUGAAGAGUGUCAAUAAUGCAGAAAUUACGAUUGUAGCAGAGGGCUUCAAUACUGAUACAUGCAGUUGGGCAGCGGCAGGAAUAUUUCGACCGGGUCACGGUUUCACAGGGCCCAAUAGGGAAAUUACUCAAAAGUGGAUAGAUGAUUCAUAUUAUUAUUGGAAAAAUAUCAGAGACAGUGUGGAAGCUGCAGAAGCAGGUGUAACAGAAAUUUCUGGGUAUACAUUUUCAAAUAGAGAGAAAAGUAUCGUCAGGAAUGCUUUCAUUGAGAAGCUGGUACCCAUUUACAGAAAAGCUACAGAAAAAGAAUUAACAACUUUGUGCCCAGAUUCUUACAAAUAUGGAUCCUUUUAUAAAACACUUGUUACAGAUUCUACCGUUCAUUUGCCAUGGGCAACUAAUAAGUUUAAAUCUUUAGGUGGAAAAAUAUUAAAACGGCAUGUUAAUAAUUUGGUAUCUUUAGGAGAUCAGUAUGACAUUGUGGUGAACUGUGCUGGUUUGGGGGCAAAAAAAUUAUGCAAUGAUCCACACCUUACUCCCAUAAGGGGACAAGUUAUCAAGGUCAACGCACCAUGGGUAAAAAUGUUCUUCUACGCUGAAAGCGAUACUUACAUAAUUCCAGGCUUUAACCACGUUACUCUUGGUGGAACGCGCCAGUACGAUUCUUAUAAUUCGGAAGUAGAUAAAUACGAUGGAAUGUCAAUAAGGGAGAGAUGCGAAAGACUAGUACCGAGUUUAAAACCAGCCACAGAAGUUCGACAGGUUGUAGGUUUGCGGCCACAUCGAACGAUUGUGAGGGUGGAAAAAGAAAUUUUACUAACUGCAGGUGGUAAAAAGGUGAAGGUUGUACAUAAUUAUGGUCAUGGUGGUUACGGAGUAACUACUGCUCCAGGAACAUCGCUAUAUGCUUGUGACUUAGUAAAAGAGAUAUGGGCUGGAACCAGUAAGCUAUAAGUUAAAUUUUCCUAUACUCAUUGGAAUAUAUUAUAGGAGCAUCCCUGUGAAACAUGGCUGAGGAACUAAAAAAACUUAAUCCUUGUCAAAGAUUAAAAGGUGGUUUGAUGUUUUCCUUAAUGAAAUAUAUUCCUUCACUUCUUCUUUCUCCUUUUAGCCCAUUUCUAUCCAACUUUGGACAUAGGCCUUCCCCAAAUCUUUCCAUUUCCGUCUGUCCUUGGCUGCGCUUUUCCAGUUAGUUCCUGCUGCUUUUAAAAUAUCGUCUUUCCAUCGCAUCUGAGGUCUUCCUCUUCGUCUUCUUCCUGUCCAUGGUCUCCAGUUUUGUAUUUCAGCAUUCCAUCUUCUAUCUUCCUGUCUCGCAUUGUGGCCUGCAAAUUUUCAUUUUAACGCUGUUAUAUGUUCAGUUACAUUUUUUACUUUUGUUUUCUCUCUUAUCCAUUUGUUUGAAUUUCUCUCUUGUAGUUUUAUUCCCAACAUGGAUCUUUCCACUUUUCUCUGAGUUAUUUGAAUUUUGUUUAUGUUGGCCUUCGUUAAUGUCCAUGUUUCUGAGCCAUAGGUUAGAAAAGGAAGGAUGCACUGGUCAAAUACACGGGUUUUUAGGUACUGUUGUAUCUUUCUGCUUUUUAGUAUCCAUCUUAACUUUCCAAAUGCUGCCAACGCCAAUCGUAUUCUUCUCUGUACUUAAAUUGUUUGGUUCUCUUUAUUAGCUUUGAUUAUUUGACCCAGGUAUAUACAUAUAUUCGUCAACAACCUCAAUAUUGACAUUAUUUAUAUUUACGUUUAUUCUGUCGUUUGUAUUUGUGAUGAUUUUGGUUUUACUCAUGUUCAAUUUUAACCCUAUCUUCUCCGAUGCGUGUGCUAGUUGAGUCAGCAUUGUCGCUAGUUCUUCUUGGUUGGUUGUAAUAUGGACAACAUCAUCGCAAUAUCAGAGGUGAUUUAGAUUCUUCCCGUUUGUAUUGAUACCCAUGUCUUCCCAUUCCAGUUCUUUAAAGACGUCUUCCAGAGCUAAGGUGAAGAGUUUUGGGGAUAUUACAUCUCCUUGUCUUACACCUCUACGUAUUUCUAUGGAAUUGGUUUUGUUUGUUUUAUUUUCCCAUUCGACUGUCAUAGUUGCUGUUUUAUAGAUGUUAUGUAAGAGUUGCCUGUACCUGGAGUCUGUUCUGCUGUUAUUUAGAGCUUUUUCAAUCGCCCAUAUCUCGACACUAUCGAACGCUUUUUCAUAGUCUACAAGGGCUAAACAUAAAUCUAGGUUGUAUUCGUUUGCCUUCUCUAUCAAUAUUUUCAUAGCGAGGAGAUGAUCUAUGGUACUAAACCCUUUUCUGAAACCUGCUUGUUCAACUGGCUGAUAACUGUCCAUUUAUUUGUUAGUCUAUUGGUUAUAAUUCUAAUAAAGAGUUUGUACAUUUGUGAGAGUAGUGAGAUAGGUCUGUAGUUUUUUAGGUUUCUUUUGUCUCCUUUAUUGAAUAGCAGUAUUGUAGUACUCUCAUUAUGAGGUAUUUCUCCCUUGUGUAGACCUAGAUUAAACAGGAAUUUUAGCUCCUCUAUAAUAGCUUGGUUACCUUCCUUAAAAAUUUCAGCAAGGAUAUCAUCUGGACCGACAGCUUUGUUAUUUUUCAUUUGAGAUAGGGCGGUUUCGAUUUCGUGGACGUCUAUAUCGGGUAGAAUUUCAGAGUUGGCAUUUUUAAUUCUUCUUUUUAGAUUUUCUUUUGAGUUAUUAUCAGGCUCAUGUUUUGUGUCAUAUAAUUCGCUAUAGAACGAUUCCACUAUAUUUGUUAUUUUCCUUAAGUCACUUUGCUCCUCUCCAUUUUUUUUUAAGUGAUAUUAUGACGUUUUUUCCUAGUGAUGGGUUUAUUUGGGGACAUUUUACUCCGCGAUACCUUUAUAUUACUUUCUCUACAUCUGUUUCAUUAUAUUUUCUGAUGUCUUCCGUUUUCUUCCUUUUAAUGAUUUUGUUUAAUUCUUUAUAUUAUGUGCUGUAUCUACUGUUUGUUGCUAGAAGUUGUUGUCUCUUUUCCAUAAGUUUUCUCGUUUCUCUGCUUAUUUUGUAGUCUGUUUUGUUUUCUUAGCAACCUUUAUUCCUGCUUGUGUAAGGUAAUAUACACUUGUACAAAUAUUAAUUAGGCAAAAUAAAGUAUUUUAUAUUUUU